UUAGCGAUAGAUUUAAUUUCCACAUGGAAUAAAGACGCUGUCUUUAUUGUGUUUGGUCCUCAUUCUUCGAGCCAUUGAAUGCUGAAACAGCUGAUGGUACAGCAAUCUGGCUUGCACAGUAAAUGCAACAGACCGUCCUGCUUCGUCUGGGUCUCUGCGUGCUCAUUUUCUACACCCUGUACUACAUGGUCGCCAGUGUGUGCUUUGGGGCUUUCAGGCUCCAGCACUUUGAUGGACUCAUUCCUUUUGACUUCCGGACAGAACCGACAGAAUCCAGUGCAAAGUACCUGGUGAACCUGCUCUCGAUGGAGUUGACGUUCUUUUGCAGUGGGCUGCUCUUUGCUGCGGUUGUGCAGAGGUGGGUGUGGGACUACGCCCUCACGGUCACACUGGUCCACGUGUUGCUCACCUGCGCAGUCAUGCAGGAGUUCCCUGUGAUUUGGCAGUGGUGGCUGGCUCUGGGUAGUGGCUUAUUCCUGAUGAUCUGUAAUGGGCAGCUGAUCGCACACUUCGCCUGUCAGAGUGACCCCAGUUAUCCCACCUUCCAGAGCUACUGACUCACCUGUUCCCACCUGGAGUCCCAUCCCAACAGCCGCCCCAACACUCUCAGCUCCGGACCAAUCCCCAGUCAGAGCAGCCGGUAACCAUGGCAUCAGCCCUAUCGCCAUGCAUGGCCAUUUCCUGUCAAACAGUCUCCUUGUCCGAGGAGCACACAGGGGCAGUGUUGUCGUGAUGUUUUUCUCUUUAAAUACCUCACAAAUAACGUCCAUGGCUUUCUCCACACAGCACCAGUUAAGAACAAUUCAUAAUGAUAUUAUGAGGAGACUGGCAGCAUAUUUCAGUGGCAUGUAUUUAUUAAUCAAAUUAUUAAAUUAUGGAAUGUAUUUUACCAAAAGAUGCCAACAAUUCAUCCACGCUUUAGUUUAUUCGCGUUACAAUGUGGCAAGACACCAGAUUUUGUAAAGUGCCGAUAGCCUGUUAAAAUAAUGGCUUUAUUUUAAAAGCAGGUCGAUGCAGGCGUGUUUAGUCUGAAGAGCAGAGAAGCCAGAUUUCAGUCAUAUGAUGCAGGUCCACUCACACUCUCCCUAACCUGGCUGGAGCCUCUGUUCCAGGCACAUUGAGUGGUGUGAUGCUGAAAACGGGGUCUGUCGUGUUUACAUACGCAGUAUUCACGCUUGUAUGUCCAGUAAUGUGAAAUGUACUUACGUUCAUUUUUUUAUUCACUCAUGAUGUAUUAUACCACAUUGUCUUUGUUAUUUUAAUUGAUUAUUAUUAUGUGCCAUAUGGUUAUUGCAAUGGUUGCAAAUGUAUAUAUAACUUCUGGGAUUUUGUCAGCUGUGCAUGUUUAUGUUAUGUGCACAAUGGAACCCAUGCACCCCUCAGGUGUUCUGUAGUAAGCACUUUGACAUACAGUACUGUGCAGAAGCCUUAGGCACUUUAUUAUGUAUAUGUUUAUUUUUGUGUGUGUGUGUGUUAGUAUAAAAGAACACAUUUGAGAUUUCCAAAUAUUAAUUUUCCAAAAUAUUUAAUUUUACGGAGACAUUUUUGUAUUUAAUUUUUAAAAAGUAACAUAUUACUGGAAGCAAUUGACUACUUUUUACAUAAAAAACUUGAUCAACGCUGUCUGAGAUCAGAAGCAAGGAGCCAACCAAAGACUGCAGAAGAACUGUGGCAAGUUCUCCAACAUGCUUGGCACAACCUCCCUGCUGUCUUAUACAACUGCAGGACAGCGUUAUCUGUACAGAAUGUUAUACAGGUGCCAAAGACUUUUGCACAGUACUGUAAUUAAAUGAAUGAUGCCACUUAAUAACAAUAAUAACAAUAAUAAUAAUAAUAGUAAUAAUAUUAUAAACAACAUACCAUGAGCUGUUUUUCUGAAGCUCCAUGUAUUUAAGUGUUUCUCCCCAUUAUUCUAUCAGUAUAUAACAAGGAAACAUUCUGAAAACGGCUAGUCUUGAAAAGGGCCAUUUUGAAUGCCUGGUAUUAAUAAAUUAAAAGGAAAUUAAAUGUAACUAUGUUGUUGAGAAAAUGAGUAUGAUUAAAUCAUAUUUUAUAAUGAUGAGUUGAAUAUUAUUCCACUAUUGGCUCAUUUGUAUAUUAAUUCAAUGAUAUGAUCAUUUAUUCAAUAAAUUAAUAUUUUCAGCAGUUGUC